UGAGAUUCGAGCGCUUGAGCGCCGAAGCUCAGCUGGACGAUAGUCACCCCUAUAAGUUAGACCAUAAUAGAAGACGAGGCGUCGAGAUUCGGACGCGCACACGUGACUAAUCGACGUCAUACAAGAGUUUGUCGUCAUUAGGAGCCGGUGUUGGAUAUAAAGGCAUACGCUCAUCCAACACCAACUACACACCACACUUGAUUUAUACCGCCUCCUUCACAAUGUACCGAGUACCAAAUUUGCGUUCCAGCGUCAUUCACGGUCGUGUCCCGACCGCCAUCCUUCCUGUCGCGCGUAGGAUGUACGCAACCCAGCCCCCGCCGGGGCAAGCGUCGCCCAAUCCAAAGGUCAGCCCUUCCACCGAUGGUGGCGGACACAACAACGGCCUCAUUAUCGCAUCUGCUGUUGCGGCACUUGGAGGAAUGUACUAUUUCUACAACCGCGACCGGGGGAAUCAGUCUUCAGGAGAAAAAACAAGCUCAGGAGAGCUAUGGUACUGCGAAGGUCGGUUGUCUGAGAAUCCAAGUGGAUCGCAUCAAAGCGACUGGAUCCGCCAAAAAGUAGAUGAAUCUCUCCACGACCUGACUGAACGGGCACGACAGACAGCACACGAAGCACAGGAAAAACUGAAUCAGUACAAGAAUGCAACUGAGCAAACACUAGCGGACGCCAGGAGGACAUCCGAACAAAAGUUUGAGGAGACGAAACACGGCCCCAAGGACGCAGGCCAAACCUGGUUUAGUUGGGGGCAAUCAAAGACAGACGAGGCGAAACGUGAAGGCGUUCAGAAAGUUGCAGAGAGUGCAGAAGAUGUUAAGAAGAGGGCAGAGAGACAGGUAUGAGAUUGCGAUGAACUUGAAUCAACAUUUGACGAGCUGUACACCUAAAUCAGUAUUGUAAAUACAUUAUCCUAUAUUGCAUAUUAUUCUCUCCGCGCUUCAAACGAGAUGUAUUACAGGU